AUGCGUAUCACGUCCGCAGUUUUAACAGAACAAGACAGCCAAGAUGGCUGCCUGCUAGUGUUGUAUUAUGAUGGGGACAGAUGGUGGCUUGGGGUCUGCUGCAGAAAGGUAACAAAACAGGCUGGAACAAAGGAAACUGCAGAGACACACAAGCUGCAGCCAGUACAGGUUUUGCAGACAGGUUCAGAAGCAACUUCAGUUGAUGGCCCCAUAUCAGACCAAAUGGAGGAAGGGCUGCCCAGCCAUGUUGAAGAAAGAGGGAUGAAAUCAGAGCGCACAACAGGCCUGAUAAAUGGAGUGCGCGAGCAGAAAGGAGUGGGAACACCAAUGGAGAUAAGUGCAUGGAUGGGAAGUCAGUCUGUUGUGCAGCAGCCUUCUGAAAUCAUUAGCUGGGAAAAUACUCUGGCACCAAAACAAACGGUUGCUACAAGCAAUGUCAACUUGGAAGAUGCCAGAAACUUGGCCGCUUUCUCUGCAGUGGCCGAGGCUAUGUCUUCAUUCAACAUGCAAGCACUUAGGUCUCAGUCACUGCAGAUGCCACUGCUUUUUGAGCAAUUUUAUGCUGAAAUGAAAAGAAACACCAUGGCUGGAGCAACAGUGGCUCCAAUGGAUGAUUCUGUAUGCACUGAAGAUUUGCAAACACUGACGGCUGAACUGGCUCUUGCAAGACAUGGCAAGAAACCGCCUUACUGCAAUUGUGAAGGCCCAGAGUGUCCUGAUUAUCUUGAAUGGCUUGAAAAGAAAAUUCAGAAGGCCAGCAGUAAGGAACAGAUCAGGACUUCCAAUCAGCUUAGCAUGAACAAUGCCAAACCUGUAGUAAAUGGUGCUCUUCCAAACCAGGUGCCUGCUGCGGAGGAAACCUGCUCCUCAACUGCCCUUUUAGUACCCCAGAAUGCACUGCCUCUAUCUGAGGAGAGGAAUGUUAGCCCUCAGACGGCACUUGUAAUUGAAGCCCUUACACAAUUGUCAUCUACACCUGCACAGCCUUCAGGGGACAUCUCAACAAGCAGCGACACUUUACCGAUGCCCGAUUUACUUGGUGCUAAGGAUCCAGCUCUUAUGGUUCCACCUUAUGACCUCAAUUUAGCUCAGUUUUCGGAGGUGCCUAUAAAUCAUGUUUUCCAAAACCAGAGCUGUCAGCCAUAUCCUGGUCAAAAUCUGCUUCAGGGACCAGAGGUUAAACUGCAGCAAUCAUGGGAACAACAGAGGCAUCCAGACCAAGGAGAAACCCAGUACAUUCCAGAACAUAAUAUAUUACACAAUUCUUCAUUACAGUUUAAUGCUUCUGAGCCAACGACAGAAAUGUCAGAUGCUGAAAAACAGUGGACAGAAAAAGUCAAAAGUAUUGGCAUGGGUAUGCCAUGGAUGUUUCAGCAAAGUUCCAUGAAUAGCAAUCCAGUGGCCCAGCUGGAACAACUGUUAGGAGAUGCUAGUAAACAUUACAGCAAGUCUGCACUUAACACAGGGAAGGUCUCUAAGAAAAAGAAAAUCACAAAAGGUAAGAAGUCCCAACGUGUUACACCAGUAAAGCUUGAGAACGGGAGUGACUGUUAUGGGAUAGCUACAACGCAGGUGCCCCCUCAUCCACUAUCUAGUGGCCCUGUUAAACAUAAAGCACAGAAAGUGCUAAAAAAGCACCUGAAACACAAACGGGCCAUGUUUUUAGAGCAGGACAAGGUGCAACCUGAUCAGCAGGGGAUGCCAAACUGGUGGGAACAUGCAUCACAGCAUUUAGCAGCUGUGCAACCAGAAAAAAAAGUCAGAGGAAGGAAGAAAAAAAUUCACUUAUCUUUGCAGAAUUCGAUGACCCCCAACAACCAGCAUAAGUCACCCCGUAAGCACUUGAAAGGCAGAAGGCUAAAGAAGGAACCUCAGUCUCAGUUCUUGCCUUUGAGGCAGAUAAGUCUCGAGUCUUUUCACCAACAAGAAAGAAUAAAACAGGAGUGUGCAGAAACACCAGAACUAACAGCACACAAUAUAAAAAAGGAAUGUGCCGAAACAUCAGAACUAACGGAACACCAUCCCUCUAGCAAUGUCCUUAGUCAUCAGUCCCAGCAACCUGUAAGCACUUCCAUUGCACAGCAACAAUUUAGCAAUCCCUUGUCUUUAAAUGUCCAAACCCCUUGUGUAACUAAUCCAUGCAAUCAAAAUCAAGCAUGCAGUUUUCAAGGAAGUGUCCAGCCUGGCCCGCCUGUCUCUUCUUACAUGCCGUUAUCAGUUGAUUCUCACCCCUCAUUUGCUGUGGAGCAGGGUGAAACUGAUCAAAGACGGGUGAAUUUAGAAGUAACUAUUGAUCAGAAUGACACAAGUUCAUUGGAUGAUGCAUUUGAGGAAUUAAUUAGGCAAAUUGAGGCAAGACUUCCACCAACCUUUACUUCACAUAAAAAACGUCAGCAACAACAUCCCCAGUACUCUUGUAAAAGUAACUCAGGACAUCAGCCAGCUCAGAGAUCAAGUCAUUCUGCUACUUUGGGAUUAUUUUCUGAACAGAAGACUAAUUUACAAUCAGGUACUGGAACUACACAUACCAAAAACAUUGUUACUUCAGCACAGCAGUCUCCCAUAGUCCCUAAUCCUGUUACAUUAACAGAGGAGAUUCCACGGUAUAAGGAAAAUUCUUUUAUAGCCAGGCCUCCCAAGCAGGCCAAAAUUGAGAGUUCUGGUGCUAUCACAGUGCUGUCCACUACCUUUCAGCCUCAGUUCUGUCAGAAUGCAGAUGGAAAUUCAGAAGCAGCAAAGUUAGUAAAAACUGAACCACCAUUCACGCCUUCUCUUAGUGGAUUCAUAGAGUCUCCCAUGCAGUAUCUGGAUGCCCAGACAAAAAAAUUAUUGGAAUACCCAGCAAAAAAGGCUACAGGAGACUAUCCAGUGUGUGAUUGUGUCGAACAAAUCCUUGAGAAAGAUGAAGGGCCUUAUUACACACAUCUGGGCUCCGGGCCUUCGGUUGCAUCUAUUAGGAAGCUUAUGGAAGAAAGGUUUGGCACAACAGGCAAGGCAAUAAGAAUAGAAAAAGUGUUGUACACAGGAAAAGAAGGAAAGAGUUCAAUGGGAUGUCCGAUUGCUAAAUGGGUUAUACGAAGAGCAAGUGAAGAAGAAAAGCUGCUGUGCUUGGUUCGUCACCGAGCUGGUCAUCACUGCGAGAAUGCGGUCAUCAUCAUUCUAAUCAUGGCUUGGGAGGGGAUCCCACGUGCCUUCGGAGACCACCUGUAUAAAGAAAUAACUGAAACCAUCACCAAGUAUGGGAACCCCACUAGUCGUAGAUGUGGACUGAAUGAUGACCGUACAUGUGCAUGCCAAGGCAAAGAUCCUGAUACCUGUGGUGCCUCUUUUUCCUUUGGUUGCUCAUGGAGCAUGUAUUUUAAUGGCUGCAAAUAUGCCCGAAGCAAAACACCUCGCAAGUUCCGACUGCAGGGAUAUCACCCAGAUGAGGAAGACUUACUUAAAGAUAAGUUACAGGCCCUUGCUACAAAAGUUGCUCCACUUUAUAAGCAGCUUGCACCACAGGCUUACCAAAAUCAGGUUACUAAUGAAGAGGUGGCUAAAGACUGCAGGCUUGGUUUCGAAGAAGGACGUCCAUUCUCUGGAGUAACAGCAUGUAUGGAUUUCUGUGCACAUGCCCAUAAAGACCAGCACAAUCUUUUCAAUGGCUGCACAGUGGUUUGCACACUGACAAAAGAAGACAAUCGUGAGGUGGGGAAGAUUCCAGAAGAUGAACAGCUCCAUGUCCUUCCACUCUACAAAGUUUCACCCACAGAUGAGUUUGACAGUGAAGAGCACCAGCAGGCAAAGAUUAAAAGUGGAGCCAUUCAGGUUUUGACUGCAUUUCCUCGGGAGGUACGGAAGCUGCCAGAACCAGCUAAGACUUGCCGACAAAGACAGUUAGAAGCUAGAAAAGCUGCAGCUGAGAGAAGAAAGCUAAAAAAGGGAAUGCUGAUGCCUUCGGUAAAGCAGGAAAUAAUGGAUAUGUCAUGUCUUCAAUCUCCAGGUUUGGGUCUGACAAGUGGAUUGCCCCAUCAACAACUAAAAUGCAUAAAAAGUGAGCCACUGGAUCAGUAUAACACCAUUAAGUACAAAGGGAAUGCAGUUGUAGAAAGUUACUCAGUGCUAGGGAACUGUAGACCAUCUGUUCCCUAUGGUGGAAAUAGUGUUUACUCUUCAUACCAUUCCAUCUAUGCACAGUCUAACCCAUCGCCCAUCAAUGGUUUUCACUCAAAAUUCACCCUUCCACCCUAUGGAUGUUAUGGAUACCCUGGCAUGCUUCAGUCACACUUCCUAAACUAUGGAAGCAAUGAAGUCCGGCCUGGACCUUGGGCAAAUGACAGCUUCGAUAAGAAACCCAAUAUCCAUACAUUGCAGGAUAAUCCAAACUUCAAAAACAGCAAAGAUCACUCAGAGCAUAGUUCCCACAUAGUCGCAAAAGGUAACCAGUACCCAUCUACACUCCAGGAGUCACAUGGCUUUGGAAAUACUAACACAAGUUCCGCAGAUCACAGGACUAGUCACACCCCAGCAGAAAAUAAACAAUUUGCACAAAACAUUAACUGUCUACGUCAGAUGAUUAAGCAAGAAUCAAUAGAUUCUUUCCCAUAUACAGAAACUGUUCCAGUGGCAACUCCGAAUAUACAUAACACACAGACUAACAGCAUCACUUCCACUGCAAGGUCUUCACAAGUUGCUGGACAACAUCUCUGGAAUUCUCAUACAUCAAAUGGAAAUCUUUCAACAUUUGAAAAGGGUUGCUCAGAAAAUGCAUGGAGAACAUUACAGUCUAAUAAAAAUUCUAAGCUACUGAACUUAAACACAAAGGAAAAGCUACAUUCUUAUAAAUUGACUCCAAACAGCACUGGAUUAUCUGAUAUGCCCAUUCAAGAGAAACAGUGGAAUUCACUCACAGAAUCAGGCCAGGCAACAUGCCCAGGAACAGAUGACCAAGGUAGAUCUUGGAGUUCAUGUAAGAUAGAUGAGGACAUGUCAACAUCAUCUUUGUCUGGUUUACCUAAUGGAAAUGUAAUGGACAACUGGAGUUCUAUCUCAUCUGUUAGUGGUCAUUCCAACUACCAGAGUACACCAUGGAGUUCCCACAUCAGUGAAAGUAGAGGCCCUACCCCAAGCCCAGGAUUGUAUGGAAAGCCUUGGAACUCUUCUUGUCCUUCAGUGUCUGUAGUUUCAAGCAUAAACAGUGACAAACCAUUUAGCCAAGCUUUGCAGCAUGGUAAUUUUUCCUUGCUAAAUGGUUUAGGUCUUCAGCAGAAUCACUGGAAUGUGUAUAAAUCUGAGAAUAAUGUGGAACAUACAGAUGAAGAACAUGACAGGGAAAUGGAGGAAGUUUGGUCAGAUAGUGAGCAUAACUUUUUGGAUGAAAAUAUUGGUGGGGUUGCUGUUGCUCCUGGUCAUGGUUCUGUCCUGAUUGAAUGUGCAAGAAGGGAACUCCAUGCCACAACUCCUCUUAACAAACCAAAUCGGACCCAUCCAACACGAAUCUCUCUAGUGUUUUACCAGCAUAAAAACCUUUGCCACCCAAAUCAUGGACUUGCUCUUUGGGAAGCCAAAGUGAAGCUUUUGGCUGAAAGAGCAAGGGCUCGGCAAGAAGAGGCUGCCAGGCUGGGACUGCAACCUGACAUUAAGCCUUUUGGAAGGAAACGAAAAUGGGGAGGUAGUUCAAACAAUGAAUCGUCGCAAAAUGAACUGAAAGAUUCUAUCCCCAAGCGUCAGGCUGUAGCCAUCCCAACAAACUCUGUAGUCACUGUGUCUGCUUAUGCCUGUACCCAAGUAACCGGACCCUUCAACCGCUGGAUAUGAGAUUAUUUCAAAUCUACAGCAAUUUUUACCUCAACAUCUGCAGCACUGACUUAACUGCUGCUGCAUUGUGGUGCUUUCCUCGAAUGCAUGUAGAGGAAGAAAAUUCUCAAGUGCAAAUAUGAGAGAUGCACUUCGAGCAAAAAAAAAAAAAAACUUUUACUGUUGACAGUUUCAGUAAACUAAUAUUUAUAUCUCCAUUUUUAAUCUUUACAUGUAUGUCACAAGAACGGGAAGAAUUUUUAGUGUCCUUCACAAAGGAGAGGUUUUUAUGUCAAUUUAAAUAAGUAUUUAUUGGAUUUUUUAUUGUGAAAACUAGGCAGAUUUUAAAUCAGCUGCUUCUGAAUGAUUGUUUUUGGUGGUAAUAAACUGAAAUAUCUGUGCAGUUGCUCUCCAUUGACACCCAUAUAAUGUCCCUAAAAGAGAAGACUAGUUUGUAGGAAAAUGGUUGCAAACUGAACUAAGCUUGCAGGUCUUAAAGAUGCAGUGUCAUUUUCGCAAAACGGCUGAAACAAUAACUGAUUCCUUUUUAGUAAUGUAUGUUAAAAUGGUUCUCAUGUAAUAUGGAAUUCAUCUAUUUAUGUGUAAUGUAAUCCUUUAUUUUACUACUAUGUUGGUUGACAACAUGGUAGUUGAAAAAAGUAUAACCUCAGACAUGAAAAAGGUUGCUGUAUUUUUAAACAAAAGCUGUUACAAAGGUGAUGCUCAGCUUUUCACUCUUGGUUCUUGACUACAUUGCAAUUGCUGCAAUUGGUGCUUUUAAGUAAUGUGUGUGUUUGUGGGUGAGGGGGGCAUUUUCUAUUUCAUGCUUUGUUUAUUUAGCUAAGUAAAUGACAUCAGGUGUGUAUGUUCACUCAUACAAAUUGACCAUUUCAUUUCUGAUAACACUUUAUAUGCUUCGCUUGUCAUUUUGGUAAUAGAAAAUGUUCCCCUCCUUCUGAUAUUUCUUUACUUAACUUUUUUGUAACUGGUAUUACUGGUACUAUUUGUAGGUGCUAUGCUUUUUUUACUUACAACUACUGUUUCAAAAUGGUGCUGCUUCAGGUUUGACCCUUAAUUUUUCCUUCAGAUCAUUGAAGAGGAUAGAGGUUAUAGGCAUGAUUACAGGAAUACUAAAGGAAGGAUUUGUAAUUACCAAUGAAAUGCAAAGCCUUUGUGAUUUGUGGUACGCACAUUUUAAUGGUGCAUUCUACUGGUGCUACACGAUUCCUGAUUAUUGGGAUAGAGCUGAAAUGUUAGGUGCAUCUUGAAGCUUCUGUAUAAUAAAUUCUGUGCCUCUCCAUGUUAUUCAUGAGGUCAUAUGGUAUACCACCAUGAGAAACGAUGACAUCACAUGUUCUUCUGAAUAAUUACUGUUACAACUGAGUCACAGUUUAAGCUAUACAGAAAAUGCUUUAUUAACACAGUGUCACAGCAGGAAUAAACUACAAUGUUAAUCUGAAAAAAAAUGCACUUGCAUGUUAUCUCAGAGCGCUGAGGUUCAAAGUGUUUUUUUUUACUGUAACUGCAAUCCCCUUACUUCAGCAACACUGGCAUAAAACAGGUACCCACUUUACCAAACCUUGAGCUUCAUGUGCUCUGAUUUUAUUGGUUGUAAAUAGAGAAAGAUUUGUAAAAGCACUUUCACCAUGAUUUUAAACAACUUGAACUAGUGUAUUUGACUGCAUAUUAUGGAAAAAACUAUAUAUAUAUAUUAAAGAAGAUUCAGUCUGUUUCCAUCCAUCCUGUCAGAGAUACCCCUUCUUAUUCUGAAAUUUGUCCAUAAUUCUGAGCAGAAGACAUUUUCGUUUACUUGUUUUAUUGUUUAUCCUAGUCUUACUGUUUACAGCUAAUGGCAUUUCUAAAGAAUAAAUGUUUAGGCAUAUGUCGCAACAGAGCAGGCUGACACCAGCAGGCCUUAAAUAUAUUGAUCUGUUUCCAUCUAACAGAGGAAAAAUGAUUUACUUUAGAAUUAUUUAUGCCUUUUUGUUUUUACAGCCCCUUUCUGGAUUGUUUUAUAAUGUGCUUUAGAUGAAGUACAUUUGCUUAUAAUUCAUUAAUAUCUGUACAGAAGAAAAAUUAUGCUGUCAUUUUCAAUGAUUUGCAUUUCUAAUACCCUGAAUUCACUGCAUUUUUAUUUUUCUAAGAUAAUUCCAAAGCAGCUUCUGGUACAGUUUUUUAAAGAAUGGCUCACACCACUGAAGACAUUGGCACUUAAGAUUGAAAAAAUAAUUCUUCCACUGAGGUUACACAGUGAAUGUACUUUCUAUAUUUGUACUGCAAAGUGUAUUGUGAAGAUGUUGGCAUAUUUGUGAAGACAGACAUCAGAACACCAGUACCACAAUAUUUUAUUUAUUUUUUUGUUUUGUUUUUAUGAGGCAGGAACUCUACGAUUUCUUGGCUCAGGAUCUGUGUUCGCUCAGGAAUUAUAUCUAUAAAGAACAACAUUCAAUGCAAAAUAAACAAAUAAAUAAAAUCAUCAUUGACACACAGUGCUUUUUAAAAGAAAUGUUCAUUUUAGAAAAAAAUGUUAAAAAGUAAACCGUUUUUGAAGUUAUGUGACACUUGGGUAGGAGCCUGUGGAAAGGUCUGAUGCUAAGUUUUGGGUGAGAGUAUUAUGAUCCGUUCCUGUAAUUAAAAUGUGAAUUAAGUGGUGUUGUGUUUUUCUGCAACUGUGGUAAUCAACACAUGUUUGUUUUGCACGGGCAGAUAGUUACUUUAAGUUCACAACCAAAUUCUGUUUGAAACUGUGUUUGUUCUUUUUAAUGGCAGAUUUUACACCACUGAUUAGUGUUAUGCAAACACUAACUUUUUUUUUUUUAAUUUAACAAGCUUGCCAGAAUCACUCUCUGAGCUGCAAUGUAUAUGAAGCUCAGUAUGAUUUUUUCUGCAUUGUCAUGUUUUCUGGCAACUUUAGGAACCUUUUAUAUGCUGCACUUCAUUCAGGGUUUCAGCGGAGACUGCAAUGACUGUGGAAUAGUUUUGGAGACAUGCAUGUUUUAAGCUUUGGCAAUAGUGAACUGGUCCAUUUUUGGCUCAUGGUUUGUAUCUCUUGUUUUAACUCUUUGAUUUAUGAUUACCAUCUAAUUCAUGGCUUAGUCCCCUGUGUCUUUUUUAAGCUGUACAUUUAGGUAACUGAACCUGUUGGCGCUUGUUGUCCAUAUAGACUCCUUUGUCAGUCUUGUAUCAAACAUUUUAUUUGAGAAAUCAUGCUAAUUCCAUUGGCUAAGUUGAAAAAAUUCAACUGCAGCUUUGCAUUAUUGUUAUAGUAAGCCCAGACAUGUUUCUUAUGACUGACAUCUAACUGUAGUAGAAAGUGAACACAGAUUGAAAUGGGUCAUUGCGUUUCAGCUUUGGGUUUAAGUGGUGUCUUCCCUGCUUUAGGCCACUUUUCUGAUGAUACAUUUUUCCGAUAUUUCCUCCUCUUCACAAGUUUGAUCACAAAAUACAAACAGCAUUUUACAGACUUUGGAAACAAAUAUAUAUAUUCAGUUUAACAGUGUCAUGGGCUUUUUGAGGCUAAUUUGGGCUACACUCUGCAACUUCCCAAUGCUGCCAUUACUGGGAGUGUAGCUGUAGUGAAGAAGAAAUGAUAGAAACUGUACCCAGUGUCACAACUGGUUUGGCGAGUAGGUACUACUGCCGUAUCUAACAAGAUGUUAAUAAUGUACACUACAAACAACCUACCUCAGGUCCCAGUCAAUGAAAUUACAAGGUGCUCUCAUCGUAGUAAUUUGGAUCUAUGCAGACCUAAAGGCCCUUCCUUGCUGCUAAAUAUUCUGCAUUCUGCAGCUGCCUGUCCAAGGUAAACUGGUUGGUGCUCUAGUCAAACACGUUUUAAAAAUCAGUGAUAAAAAAAUGAAGUAGAAUUCUUUAAUUAUGAUGUAUAUACACUAGAUGUAAAUGACAUAUUGUUCAGGAGGAAGCUGGAAAUAGCUCAUUUAAAGACUUGGAUAUCAGUCCUUUCUUUAAUCAAACUGAUAGAUCAGCAGUGGAGGUAACUUGUUUGCUGGUAUCAUUUCCUAAGAAUGGGCACUUGGUAAUCAUUUACAGCAAAGUCCUAGAAAUUGUCACAUAAUUUGUAAACAACAGUGUAUUUAUAUAUUGCCAUUUAUAGUGCUUUAUCCAUCAUAACAUAGUGAAUAGUGGAUAGCUACUGAUGGGUGGGAAUUAACUCGUAAACAUUUUGCUGUGUUAGCUGGUAGUAGUUUCUAGAAGGAAGAGCAAAAGUGGUUAUUGUGUGCUAGAUGUCAACUGUUUGUUGCAGUGGAUAGCUACUCCUCAGUUUCUGUCAAGAGAGAUUAAUUCCCUUCACAAUGUAGGUUGUGCUGGUAAGACUGGAAAUGAUGCAGUUUGAGUUCAGUGUUGAAUUUUGUGUUUCCUCGUACUCUAGUUUCAACAAGUAGUAUGCAAUUACUUACAACAGGUUAACAGCAUCAGGAGUAAUUAACACAUGAAUGUGUUACAUAUUUACAAACAACAUUUUCCUGAUCUGUUCUCAUAUACAGAUGAAGUACACUUUUUAUCGUAUAUGUCAAAGCUGUUUGUUGACAUUUUGGUACAGUUGACAGCUUGCACAAAUCCCAAAACAUACACACACAUACAUACACACAAACACACAUACAUAUUUGAAGAAUUGUAGGUAUGUUUUUAUCAAAUACCCUUUAUCUUAUCAUUUAUGCUUUUGGUCAGAUUUAAAUAAUGAACAUGUCCAAGAAUGUCAGCAAUGCUUCCCCUUUUUAAUCAAACUGAAUGCCCUUAACAGAACUUUUCCUAACCCUAGAGUUAUUGUUCCCCUUACAAAGGGAUGUUAGCACUGCCACAUAAGUUAACUUAACUGUUGUUCACCUUGUUUAGGAUUUCGGUAUUUUUCAUCUCUUUCAGUAUAUACCAUAUUGGGUUAGUAUGACAUUAUAUAAUACUUUAUUUAGAAGUUUGACUUCCUGGCCCUCUUAUCCUGUGACCCAUUACAUUUUAGACUGCUAACCACAAGAAACCUAUACAGCAAGGUUUUGGUAGCUCUGUCAUUCUUCCUUGCCAGUGGCAGGCGUGAACUUUGAGUAUUUUGAAUGUAAUGCUUUUUGUGAAGGAAUAAGGUAUAUCUGUUGUCACAGAAGACACAAGAAUGUCAUGUAAUAGAGUGAAUGAUUGUUAGAAUAGUAUUACUAAGUGUUAAAAAGGAAGUUUAAUGUACGUGAGUAGUGACACCUAUAUAGUUAGUGACAACUAUGAUCAAAAAGUUCUGAAGUAAACAGUAAUUCUGAGUGCUAGUAUUCCAGCUGAAUAUCCUAUCGGAGAAGGCAUGGCAUUUUAAUUCCAUAGUGCAAUGGAAGAAAGGUAAUGCUUAGUUAAAAAAGAAAAAGAAUAAAAAAAUAAUGAGUAUGACCAUUCAAUCAGCUAAUUUACAGUCAGAACAAACUAAUAAUUAGUAAUGAUUGUUACUGUACUGCAGGAAGUUUGUGGUGCAACGAAUAAUGAGAUAAGACAAAAUUGUUAUUUUUUUUCAUUUUUAAGGCUAAAGUGAUCAUCUAAUGAUUUCUUAGGCCAGCGUCAGUAAAGCCUACACUAAGUGUGCACACUAUGUAUUCAAGAAUAUUCUUAACACAUUUUUUGUGCUUCCUAGUCAAUCAGAAAGAUAACACUAAGUGUACAUGUAGUCUACACUUUGUUGUAACCUUUAUGAAUGCCUGUCAGUAUUUAAAGUUGCAAGAAUGUCAGUAGAAAAAUCAAAAUUAGGAGGAAGAAGGUAUGAGUUAUGUCUGUGUUGUCUGUUCGCUCAGAACGAUGUGUGUACAUUUAAUGUAGGCAUCAUUGAAUCCCAGGGCUUGACUUUAAUUUAUCUGUUAUCCUAAUGAACAGCCCAGCAAUUGCUUACUUUGAAACUGUGAAAUAAUAUCCAUCUGUAUGGAAAAUACUAUAACCCUGUGGUUUGCUGAAAAAAAUGCUGACAUGUCUUCAGGUGUCUUAAAACAGAAAACCUGUCUGAAUACAAUACUUGUCCUUAGUUUAAAAAGAAGCCAGAAUAAACAAAAUUUUAAUAUCUCAACAUUUGUCUAUAAUGUCAUACAGACUAUGCAGACGUCUGUAGCCACAAAAGUUAAAAAUAUCACAGUCUUUACCUUUCCUUCUUGCUUAUUUAUUGGCAAAUUGUGCUUUAUAAGUUCCAGGUGUCUAUCUGACAUAAGUCUUAUAAUAUUUUUAUUUUUCAUCAGUAAUGUAAAGUGAAAUCGACUUGGCAAAAAUGUGACAAUCAUAUGACAUUCCUUUGCAUUUUUCUUUGGCAGUGUCUCCCUGUUGUGCCUUCAUGGUCACAUAUCUCUUAAUGUCAGAGUAAACAUGAGAUGAAAAUGUGGGAGUAGUAGAUGUGUCUAUAGUCAUGAAUGAAAAUAGCUUUAGUUACAAGUUACCCUUGAUCUGGUUAAGAGCAGCACUUAAAUCUAUUAACAUGGUUACAUUAAAAGAGGCUCCGUCCAGCCUUGUGACGGUAAAACCCAAUGGAAAAUCAUAAAACAUGCACAAAUGGUGGCAAAUGUGAGACAUCAUGGUGGUAAAAUGACAAGACAAUGAAUAUAAGGAGCAAUACUUAUUUGUUUACACUCACACAGUAUCAAAUAUGUAAGUGGUGUUAUCUUUUGUGAUCCCACAGAAUUAAAGUUUGGAUGCACACCAGACAUGCCAUUGAUAGAUACAGCUCUUAUGACAUUUCCUACUUUUCAUCACCAUUGAUUCAUACAUAUCAGUAAAAAACCUUCAAAGACUUCAUGUGAGAGUGGUCUGUAACAUGCAUGUAUUAUGUACAGGAAAAAAAUAACAUAACUUAAUGCAGUAAAGACAAGUUAAAAUUCAAAGGCAGACUGAAAAAGGUUCAAUAUUUCUUAUAUCAGAAUAAUUAAUGAUUUCUUAAGUAAAAUUGUUUGGACUAUUGCCUUUUUCACACAGCAACUGCAGCAUGAAACAACAGUCAGAAAAUGCACUUAGUUUUUAGAAGUUCCCAGCUCUUAUACAUUUUUGAAGUGCUUUAUUUUUUUAAAUUGUUACCCAUAGAAUUACUAACUGCUUUUCCUGUUAGCUAAAUAUAUAUAUAGAAACUAAAUAGUUAAAACAAGUGAAAAAUAUUUGCAAUCUACAUUGGCAGUUAGCAAAGACAGUAUCACACAAUCAUUUUUUGCAUUUGUCCAAAAUAGCCCAUUUUAAAAUGACAGGGAUUCCAUUAUAUAGUGCUUUCAACUUCUGGAUAAAUGUAGAGUUUGGAGUCUUAGUUGCACCAAUAUGCGCAGUCGUAUCCCUGUGACAGAUUGGGGUGAUACAGCUUUUGAAUUAAUCACUUUUCACAGCUCUACAACUUAAUCGUUAACCCACUAGAGGUUAUCUAGUUGUACUGUAACUUGAGUGCCAUGUACAUGAGAAAAUACAAGUUGCAAACUAAAUGCAUCAGCAAUUAAGUAUGUAUACAGACAUAAGAACAUUGCUGCAUGCAUAUGUCUAGACCAUACAGAGGGAUUACUUGUAGUGCAAAUGUGGCAUUUGUCUGACAUUCUGCAUGGCCAUGCAGUGUUACUGUAGAUUCUUAAUUUUUUUGCCUGAUGUUUAAUUGAACACAUACAGACAGUACUGUUUGUGUUAUAAAUGCCAUUACUUUGCCAACAAACAGACUUGUUAGGUUUUGUUCCUCAAGAUAUUGUAUAAGCAUACAUAUUGUCACUUAAUGUGGUAUUACAGGGCCCAUCUUAAAACCAUAUAAAUUACUUUUUUUUCUGCAUGGUUGCACCUGUCUUACAACAAAAAACUAGUUUUCUUUCUGGUAGCAUAGCUGGUUUGUACAAAAAUGCAUGCCACUAGUUUACCAGCAUAUGAACAUAAACCAUAACGCUGACCUUCAGAAAGUAUAGCAGAAGGUGUGAAAAGAAGAGCACUUUCUUAUUUUUAUAUAUUAGGUCUGCAGGUAUUUUAUCCUGUUUACUUAAAAAUAUGGGAUGCUUGUGCAUUAAGUAAAGCUAGAUGAACUAAGGACAGAAAGAAAAAAAUAUAGCGCUUUUCCUAAAUCAUAGCAGAUAAGUACACUUGCUGCCAAGUUGUGCAAACUUCCUUGUGGGACACUGUUUUGUAGAUCACACACAAAUAAAGCUCAUUAGAAAUUAGAGACUUUGUAUAUUUUACAAAUAAUAGCUCACUGUUUACAGUUCUAAAUGGCAGAAUGUCAUUUAUUAGAAUGACAGUUUCAACAUCUUAAAUUUUGAAGUGCCCAGUUGUAGUUCUGUUCCACUGAUGAGAAAUGAAAUGAUCAGAAUGUAGGUUGAGCUUUAGUAAAUCAUGAGAUGCAGUUCCUUUUUAAUCAGUAAAAUAUGAAUGAUUUCAUAAAGAAAUUAAAAAGCAGGAGCAAAAGGAUUUCUCAUUAGAGGAUUUGACAAAACAUGAUUCUCAUAAAAAUUUGCUAAAUCAUUCGGAAAACUGAAAACACAUCUCCCUACCCCAACUGAGUUAUAGACACAUUAGUUUGUCAGAAUGAGAACUUAAACAUAAUAAAGUCAUAACACUCAAAGAUUGAAACAAUACUAAUUUCAUGAACUUAAAUCAUACUUUGACUUAGGAACGGGGUCCAUUCCCAUCAUGGUAUUAGAAACCCAAAAGACUUGGAGAAGUUAAAAAAAGAAGUUAUAUUUAGUCAAGUUGUGUGUUACAUUACCUAAAAGCCUCCACAAACGUGUUUUUGACACUUCUGUCUGGAAAAGAAAACUUACUUGGUGAGAUUUCCAGGAGAAGAGAUUAACAGUAGUAGGACUUUUAGGAUAAAGUAAAGGUGACUGUCUUUGACAUAUCUCGAGUUAUUGCUAGAGUGUUCCCACAAGAUACCUGUGGCAAUCCCCCUUUGCAUUGUACUUCUCAAAUUUUCUGUCAACGUGAUCAUUUUUAAUGCACAUCUCUUAUCUAUCUAUCUAUCUAUCUAUCUAUCUAUCUAUCUAUCUAUCUAUCUAUCUAUCCAUCUUAUAUUUUUGAUUAGCUUCCCUUUCUAUUUCAAAGCUUUUUAGUUUGACUUUUCCUGCCAUAUGCCUUUAAAUUUGAAGGCAGCACUUUUUCUAUGCCAGCAAUACUUUCUGUGCUGUUAAUAGACCAAACAAAGAAUUGAAGUGGUGUAUAGUUAAAAAAAAAAUCAACAUCUCCAAAAUAAUUCUGGCAUCACUGAGGUCUAACAAAGUAACCCCACAGAGAUGUUUUAUUCCCAAUAAACCUUUUUGCUCUCUUCAAGGUAGCUAAGUUGUAGUAACUUAGCUAGAAAACAUGUAAACAGUCUGGAAUAAAAACUAUAAAUGUUAAUAACCAAGAAUAAAACAACAAGAUCAUUUGCACCUUGUGAGAAAAAAAAAAAACUUCUUCUGAUCAAAGAUACUUUUAAAUAUAUUUAUUCAUUUGGCAUUUGUUUACUGGGAAAGUCUGAAUGGGUCAUGAGG